AUGGUGUGUCACGUGUGUGUUGAUCAUGUGUCUGAUUAUGUGACGAGGGGGUGUGUUGGGUUGUGUGGAAGACAAAGGCUGUGGACGUUUGAAAACGUGGAGGAGUUCAUGACGUGGUUGCUAGGAGACCGACUGGGAGUUCACCGACGAUACACGUUUUUGGCACAUAAUCUAAAGGGGUAUGAUGCGUACCCCAUCUUGGAGUGGUGUGUGAAGAAGUGCAUAGUACCAGAGUGCUUGUACCGUGGAGCUAAGGUAAUGUCGAUGGUGAUUGAAGGUAUCGACUUUAAAGAUUCGGUGUGCUUUAUCCCCAUGCGUCUUAGUGCAUUCCCUGCCACGUUUGGUACGAAGAGCGGGGACAAGGGAUAUUUUCCACACUUUUUCAAUACCAAAGCCAAUGUGGGUUACGUGGGGGAGUAUCCACCGUUGGAGUACUAUGGUAUUGACGACAUGCGCGAAGAAGAGCAACAGGCUUAG